AUGGGAGUUGAGUGCGGUCCAACGGUUGUACACUGCAGUGCUGGUGUCGGUCGAACGGGCACGUUUAUGGCAGCUCGCUUUCUCCUUGAUCGUCUGCGAACGAAUCCACAGAAUGUGGACAUCGUUGGGACCGUUCUGGCGAUGCGAAAGUGGCGUGCCAACUUGGUGCAAGUUUGGUCACAAUUACAAUUCCUCUACAACUUCAUUGACUUCUGUCUUGGCAAGGAGAAUCUUUGCAUGAAACCAUUUGCACCGGUAACAAGACCCCUACCAGUGACACCGAGUAAGGAGAAGGAUUUGAUAACCUUUGACGCGUUUAACAAUGUAUAA